AUGGACCGACAACCGCGCCGCAGGUCGCCCCACGCCGCCAGCGGGCCGCCUAAUCGCGCUGCGCGAGGCCCCAGCGCCGCCAGCGGCGGCUUCGGUGGAACCGCUAGCCGCGGCGACGGGGCUGCGCGCGAUGCGGACUUGACGCCCGCGCGGUUGGCGGAGAUGGCGGAGCGACGGCAGUUGGCGCAACUGAGGGAGCUGGAUGACAUGGCGCUGGAGGAGGAGGGGGAGGACGAGGGGGCGGCGGAGGGGGAGCGGAGGGGAAGGGGCAGAGGGUGGCGCAGCGGCGGACACGGGGCAGGCGAGUGGGGAGACAGUGGGAGGGGAGGGGGGGACGAGAGGGAUGCGGAGGGGAGACGGGCGACAGCAGGGGAUUCGGGGGGGGCAUGCUCGGGGAAGGCGUCAUGUGGUGCAGGUAGUGACGGGAGAGGAGGAGGGAAGCAUGGGGCGAUGGAGGAGGGAGGGCCGGUGGCAGGCGGCAGUGCGCAUGAUGAUGCGGGGGCGGGCGAGGACGAGGGGAGGGGGAGGGAGGGGGAGGAGGGAGGGGAGGACGGAUGGAAGGUGGGAGAGAUGGAGGAGGGAGUGGUAGCAGGGGCUGUUGGGGAGGGAAGGGCGGGAGAAGAGCGAGAGGAGGGAGAUGACGAAGAGGUGGAGGGGGGGGAGGUGCGAGGCGAGGAGCAGAUGGGGGAAGGGAACGAAGAUGGCGGAGUGGAGGCAAGGGAAGGUGGGGAGGGAGGGGCUCGUGCGGAGCGAGGCACUGGAGGGGCGAGGCGGCAUGAGCAGGGACAGAGGAGGCAAGCGGUGCGAGGCGAGGAGCAGGGGGAGAGGGGCGGGGCGAGAGAGGGCGAGGUGGGGGCGCUGCGUGGGAGGGGCGGCGCAGCCCAGAGAGAGGAGGCGAGGCGGAUGGGGAGAGGAGCGCGGGGGGCUGAGGAGGUGAGGCGAUACGAGGCGGCGGCGGCGGAGAGAGCUCAGAUGCAGCAGAUACGCGCCGUGGAGGGGGCGCAGCUGGAGGAAGAGCACGAGGAGGAGGGGGGGGGAGGGGCGGGGGGGAGUGCAAGUGAGCAGCGAGGGCGAGCGUCGUGGCAUGGCAAUGGGCGGGGCAGCAGCAGGGGCACACAUGGGGGCGUGCAGGCAGGUGAGGGCAGGCGUGCAGCACAGCAGCAGCUGCUGCAGGCGUCACGGCAGGGGGAUGAGGCAGGUGUGCGGAACGGUGCAGAGGGUGAUGGAGGUGCCGGAGCGGGUGAUGGCGGCGGCGGUGGAGGAGGAGCAGGUGGCGGGGCGGGUGCGAUGGCAGUGGUGGUGAGUGCGGUGGAGCGGCAGCAGAUUGAGCGCAUUCUGGCGAUCCAGGGGGAGCAGCUGGAGGAGGAGGACAUGGGCGAGGAGGACGAGGGGGAGGAGGGGGAGGAGGACGAUGAGGAGGAGAGGGGCCGGGCAGCAGUGGGCGAGGCGAGGCAGCAUGCGCUGAGCUCCAGCGACAGCGACAGCGAUGACCCCAGCAGGGGCGACGGGGACGCGUUGAGGAUGCGCGGAGGGCUCACAUUUGAUCCGGCCAUCACAUCGCUGCACACCUACCUCGGAGGUACUUACUUGAGUUCAUGUCAUUGCCGUGUCAUCAUCACUGCUCGAUGCAUGCAUGCACCACCACACCAUGGGGCUACAACCCUCGCCUGCCCCACCACGGGGCUACAGCCGUCGCGCCCCGCCGCUCACCCACACGCCGCUCACCCCGUACCGUGCAUGCAGAGGGGGACGACAUCACAGGAGCACAGGCGUUCGCCGAGGGAGGCACCAUUCUUCGCCUGCCCAUGUUUUACCUCCAAGGUAAGCCUCGAAUGUCCCCCAUUGCCAUUCACCCCGCCCUUCCGUACCCUCCCAUGCCGUUCCGUACCCUCCCAUGCCCUUCCGUACCCUCCCAUGCCCUUCCGUUCCCUCCCAUGCCCUUCCGUACCCUCCCAUGCCGUUCCGUACCCUCCCAUGCCCUUCCGCACCCUCCCAUGCCCUUCCGUUCCCUCCCAUGCCCUUCCGUACCCUCCCAUGCCGUUCCGUACCCUCCCAUGCCCUUCCGUACCCUCCCAUGCCCUUCCGUACCCUCCCAUGCCCUUCCGUACCCUCCCAUGCCCUUCCGUACCCUCCCAUGCCCUUCCGUACCCUCCCAUGCCCUUCCGUACCCUCCCAUGCUCUUCCGUACCCUCCCAUGCCCUUCCGUACCCUCCCAUGCCCUUCCGUACCCUCCCAUGCCCUUCCGUACCCUCCCAUGCCCUUCCGUACCCUCCCAUGCCCUUCCGUACCCUCCCAUGCCCUUCCGUACCCUCCCAUGCUCUUCCGUACCCUCCCAUGCCCUUCCGUACCCUCCCAUGCCCUUCCGUACCCUCCCAUGCUCUUCCGUACCCUCCCAUGCCCUUCCGUACCCUCCCAUGCUCUUCCGUACCCUCCCUCCUCUCUGCUUACUCCACCUGCGUGCCUGUUCCUCCCGCUGCGUGCCCGUUCCUGAGUGGGGCUGGUCUGUCAUGUCGGCAUCACUUGCCAUCACUCUGCACCGUGCUGCUUUCUGUGUCCUUCACUGUUCGCUGCAUGUGCCGCCCAGCCCUAUGUGCCGCCGAUGCCCUAUGUGCCGCCGAUGGGUUCAUUGCAGCAUGCAGCCGCCAUGCACACCCGCCUCUCUCACAUGCUGUCCUUCUCAAAUGCUUUGCCCGCCUGCACCUCCCACCAGGUAUCGUGCUGUUCCCCGAGCAGACGCUGCCCCUGCGUGUGCAGCAGGCGCGGUUCAGGGCGGCCGUCACUCGCGCCAUGGGGGCCACCGGGCAGGCCGCGCACCUGCUGGGCGUGGUGAGGGGCAGGGCAGCACAUGGGGGGGCAGCACAUGGUGGGGGUGGAGGUGGUGGGGGAACACAUUUGGAUGAGGUGCAUGUGCGCAUGGACCCGCAUGGCUUUGACAUCCGAGUGGCAUCAGUCGGCACAACAGCAGAGAUCCGGCGGGUGAGGCAGCAGGAGGGCGGCAGCAUGAGUGUGGUCACGAGGGGUCGUCAGCGCUUCCUCGUGCGCCGCGCCUGGAUGGACCCCGAUGGCUCCGCUCUUGACAAGGCAAGUCCGGACGUGCAGAUUCUCGACGACGCCUCCCCCCUGCGCCUGCCAGCUGGCGCCUUCUCGCGCUGCCGCGGCAUGCGGGCGGCACCCUCCAGCUGCAUGCGAGAGGCAGUGGGCGGCAGGGGGGGAGAGGGGGCGACGGGUGCAGAGGCGGGCGGUGAGGGUGGUGAGCAGGGCCGGGCCGUGGGGCUGGCACACAGGGGUGAGCAGCAUGGGCCCAGCAGCGGGGCUGCUGCAGGCGAUGAUGGGCGUGGGGGGAGGGGUGGGCGGAUUAGGGGAGGACGUGGAGGGAAUGGGAGGAGGGGGAGUGAGGAGGAAAGGGUGAGGCGAAGGGAGGAGAGGAGGAGGGAGCUAGUGAGGAGGCUUAUAGAGCAAGGUGACCAUAUGGAGGGCGAGGAGGGAGCGUGGAUGGAGGAGGAGGAAGAUGAGGAGGAAGAAGAGGAGGAGGAGGAGGAGGAGGAGGAGGAAGACGAUAGUGGACGAGGGGGAAGAGGAGGAGGCGGAAGAAGAGGAGGAGUCGCAGGGAGACGAUGGGGAAGGGGAGGGGCGGGAUAG